AUGGAGGUAGUGGAUAUUCCAGUCUUGGGGAAGAAGUUUACUUGGUUCAGUGUUGACGGUAAGUCCAUGAGUCGCCUUGAUAGGUUCUUGGUCUCGAAGGGAUUUAUUGCAAAUAGCGGUAUAACAGCACAAUGGAUAUGUGAUCGUGAUAUUUCUGAUCAUUGUCCGAUUUGGAAGGCGAUUCAAAUACUAAGUUAUUUUCAUGAUAUUAUUAAGGGGAGGAGAAGACAAAAUCAAUUGGUUGCUUUCAGAGACGGUGACACAUGGGUGCAAGGUGUGGAUGAUAUUAAGCUAUUUGUGAAAUCCUUCUUUGAAACAAAUUUUGAUGAGUAUUGGGUUGAUCGUCCUUCUCUAGACGGUCUGGAUUUCGAUACCAUUUCAGAUGUAGACAAUCUGGUGCUUUUAGAACCUUUCAUUUUGGAAGAAGUACGAGAGGUAAUAUGGAGUUGUGAUGGUAAUAAGUGUCCCAGCCCUGACGGUUAUAAUUUCAACAUUCUGAAGAUUUGUUGGGAAAUCAUUAAGGGAGACAUUAUGGAAUGUUUGCAUGAAUUCCAUCAUACAGCUUUUCUUCCGAAGGCGGUUACUGCGUCCUUUCUGACUUUGAUCCCUAAAAAAGAUCAUCCACAUUCAGCUUUCCUACCUAACCGACAAAUUUUAGAUGGUGUUUUAGUUGUGAACGAACUUAUUGAUUUUGCAAAGAGGGGGAAAGAUAAAUGUUUGAUGUUUAAAGUUGACUUUGAACGUGCUUACGACACAGUUAGUUGGAAUUACUUGGACCCUACAUAUGAUUUUAUGGUGAAGAAAGGGCUGCGACAAGGUGAUCCGUUGUCCCCUUGUCUCUUUUUAAUUGCGGAAGAAGAGCUUACCAGACUAAUGCAUAGGGCAGUUGAUAUAGGCAGUUUCCAUGAGUACAAGAUCAUCAAUGAAUUAAUGUUCCAUACUCUUCAGUUCGCGGAUGAUACAGUUAUUGUUGGUGAAGGAAAUUGA